CGGAACCCGAAACCAGAAAAACCAGAAAACCGAAAUCGAACCGUAUUGCGAAGCAUUCGUACCGAAGAAGGUCGCUUGGGGAAGAAGAAGGAAGAAAUGAAGUCGCUCGUGGCCCAUCAUCUUUCGUCCCCUUUGAUUGCCACCGGAAUCGUCCGUACUUGCUUCCUCCGCCGAACAUCCAUCUCCUCCGCCGUUCGCCGCCGAUUUCAUCCUCUGGUUAUGGCCUCCGCAGCUCAGUCUUCCUCCCAGGCUGCACCGCAGGGGAGAGUCAAUAACGAUAGCACAGACGUUUUUCAAUUGAUUCAAGCUCAUCAGGAGAAGGCUGCCCGUCUUCCACCAGUUGAGGAAAUCAGAACUUUACUUGACCGUAGUGUCCGUGGAAUGCUUUCAACUCUUUCUCAGAAGUAUGAUGGUUAUCCGUCAGGGUCGAUGGUUGAUUUUGCGUGUGAUGCUGAUGGAUCUCCGAUACUGGCAGUCAGUAGCUUGGCAGUUCAUACAAAGGAUCUGUUAGCUAAUCCAAAAUGUUCAUUGCUUGUUUCUAAAGACCCGGAAGAUAGGACCGACUUAUCAAUCACCCUUCAUGGCGAUGCAGUGUUGGUUUCCGAGAAAGACCAAGCUGCUGUUCGGUCAGCAUAUUUGGCCAAGCACCCCAAUGCAUUCUGGGUUGAUUUUGGAGACUUCAGCUUCAUCCGUAUUGAACCGAAAGUUGUCCGAUAUGUUUCCGGGGUUGCCACUGCUUUACUAGGAUCCGGAGAAUUCAGCAGAGAAGAGUACAGGGCAGCGAAAGCCGACCCUAUUGCUCAGUUUGCUAAACCUGUAACGUCUCACAUGAAUAAGGACCAUGGUGAAGAUACCAGAGCCAUCGCACAGCAUAUAACAUCGGUUCCUGUAGAAACCGCCUUGAUGCUGGAUUUGGACAGCCUCGGUUUCAACGUUAAGGCAACUUAUCAAGGAAACACCUUCAAGCUCCGAAUCCCUUUCCCCAGACGUGCAGAAGACAGAAAGGACGUGAAGACUCUGAUAGUGGAGAUGCUUCAAGCUGCAAAGUCUGCUUCAUCCGCUUAAGUUCGGUAAAGAGAGGUGAGAAACUUUAUACUUCAUGGGAAUAUGAAGCUUCAAUAGUCCAUUUGGGCCGUAAUGGGCCUUGAAUAUGGGCUUGUGGGUCUUAUGCCUAGGUUUUGUAAGUAUAUAAUUGGGCCACACUGAGCCCGUCUGACUCAUUUUAAUUGAAGUAAAACUAAAAAAAAAAAAAAGUAAAAUUUCGAAGAUAUGGUAUUAGCAUUAGUUU